AUGGCCAGUACUAGCAGUAAAGACCCUCCUCCCUCAUCACCUUCUGAAACUCCAACCGUCAACAUUUCUACCAAAGCCAAAUCCAAGUCCUGCUCAAUACGAAAUUUGGUAGCCAAUUUCAAGGCCAAGUUUUUUGUCUCCAAACCCAAACCGCUUGACUACAACCACCACAACGCAGCUUCCAGCAGUACUGCAACCACCAUCAAAAAUGACUACGACAGUGGAGCUCUUUCCCUCUCUUCUAAAAUGAUCCGUAAUCAUCUCCUCCUCGUGGAUUCGGCCUUUGGAGAGGCGAAGAAGUACAUGGACCACGGUGGAGCUCUUUUCCUCUCUUCUAACAUGAUCCGUAAUAAUCUCCUCCUCGUGGAUUCGGCAGCCUUUGCAGAGGCGAAGAAGUACAUGGACCACCUGAAUGUUAAAAUCAACAAAGCCCACGAGAAAUUUGAGGAGCUCCAAACAUUGGGCGGCAGUCUGAGAGACUUUGACGAACUCCAGAAGGAGGUCGCGAAGAUGAGGUUGCAGAUCUCUUCGCACGUGAAAAUCCGUCAUGCCAAUUCCAACCCACAUCGUAAGCGGUGGCCUAAUAUAAACGAGGCCGAGGACAGGAUGUCGCACUUCUUCUACAAGGAGCCAGAGGAUACGCACACCGGAGAUUUUGAUGGCCUAUUAGAAGCUUUCCAUGUCCUCUUCCUGCGAUGGCGGCAUUGUUUGUUAUGUUUCUUCAAGUUCCCACCCGCGGCAAUUAUAAAGAGAACCACGAUGAUUUACCUGUGGGCAGGCCUAGGAUAUACCUCGGUUCUCAUUGAGGAUGAUCGGUAUGAUAGCAAUAUGAUAUUUGAUGAGCUUGUUGAGCAGCGCUCAGAGCCGGCUUAUAGCCAAGAGAGUUACAGAAUGAGCAUUUCUGUUCGUUCUGCUUUAUACGAAGCAGCUAAAGCUAGGGGAUUUACUUUAAACCAUAAUCGUGAUUUGGAUCUUGAAAAUGAUACGGGCCUUCGAUUGGGGCAUACAUGUCUAGUCAACGUUGGUGAAGCCAUUAUUAGCUGGGAGCCUAAAAUAUUUGAUAAUAUCAAGCAUAUCAGAUGUUUUUAUCUCGGAAGGUGGCAGAGCUCAGCUACGCACCACAUUGAACUAGCAGACGCCAAAAUUCUCCAUGGACUGAAGGAUCUAAAGAGCUUAACGUUUCUUAGCCUUCGAGGAAUUUCGAUGAUCACGGAGCUCCCCGCAUCCAUUUUAGAGCUCAAGAAUUUGGCGAUCUUAGAUCUCCAAGCAUGUCAUAAUCUUGAGGCAAUUCCUGAGGAUAUCAGUUUGCUCCGGCGGUUGACACAGUUGGACAUGUCCGAGUGUUACUUUCUAGAACACAUGCCCAAGAGUCUUGCUCAACUAACAAACCUCGAAGUCCUUAAGGGAUUCAUCAUUGGAGAUUUCAAGAACAACAAACAAUCAUGCACUCUGCAAGAUUUGUCAAUCCUUCUGAAGUUGAGAAAACUUAGUAUCUACGUAAGUGUGAAAGACUUUAGCAGACUGUGGGAUUUUGAUGAUUUAAAAAAUUUUGAACACCUGCUAAAGUUGACAAUAUCAUGGGGAGGAUGCUCUUUACAUGGUGAAAGAAGCAAACAAAGUCAAGAAGAAGCACGCAUGGAACUAUUCAGACCACCGGUCUCUUUGACACUUCCUCCCAUUUUGCAAAAACUAGACCUUCGGUGUUUCCCUACGGCAAAUCUAACCAAUUAG